AUGGGUUGUCGACCAAGUUCACUUCCAAUGGAGCAAAAUUUAAAACUUGGCAAAUGCGAUGACGAGCCGCGGGUUGAUCCCAAUCAGUAUCGACGGCUGGUUGGUAAACUCCUUUACUUGCAGGCGACGAGACCUGACAUCACAUACGCCGUCAAUGUUCUAAGUCAAUUUGUAAAUGACCCAAGACAGAGUCACAUGGAUGCGUGCAACCGAGUUUUACGAUACCUUAAGACGACACCAGGUCAAGGUAUUUUGAUUCCAAAAGGGGGAGGUACAAAUCUCAUCGCUUACUGUGACUCAGAUUGGCUUUGUUGUCCAUUCACAAGGCGGUCACGAACAGGUUAUCUUCUUCUUUUAGGUGGUGCUCCUAUUUCAUGGAAAUCGAAGAAGCAGUCUGUCGUCUCUCGAUCAUCCGCCGAAGCAGAAUAUAGAGCAAUGGCAAAUGCAGUUAGUGAAGUGCUGUGGAUGAGGUGGCUCCUUAGCUUGCUUGAACUCGCCCCCAUCGGCCCAACACCCUUGUUUUGUGAUAAUCAAGCCGCUCGUCAUAUAGAAAACAAUCCAGUGUUCCAUGAACGAACCAAGCAUGUAGAAAUGGACUGUCAUUUCGUUAGAGAACGUGUUGAGUCCAAAGAAAUACAACCGAUGAAAAUUGACGCUAAAAAUCAGAUUGCCGACAUUCUCACGAAGCCCUUGGGUACCCAUCAGUUCCGCACGUUACUAGACAAGUUGGGCAUUCAAGACCUCCAUGCUCCAUCUUAA